AUGGGCCAGUUCAACGUAUCCGCCGCGGAAGUCUCCCGGCACAACAACAAAGACUCCUGCUGGAUUGCAGUCCGGGGCAAAGUGUACGAUGUGACAGGCUUUCUUGACGAACAUCCCGGCGGCGCUCGUGUAAUCCUUAAAUGCGCUGGCCGUGAUGCAACAAACGACUACGACGCCAUCCACCCGGCUGAGCUCAUUGAAGAGACACUUUCGCCAUCGGCAUUCAAGGGGAAUGUUGAUCCGUCAACGCUCGAACAACCGAAAACGGCCAAUGCUGCCACAAACGCAUCCAAAAAGGGCGAUGCUUCCGAUGCCGCCCCGCCGCUGAGCACAUUGAUCAACGUUCGAGACUUUGAGAAAGUGGCCGAACGCCAUCUACCUGCAAACGCGUGGGCAUACUACGCUGCCGGGGCAGAUGAUGAGUAUUCCAAAGCUGACGCUGAACUUGCAUACCGCAAAGUCCUAUUCCGUCCACGCAUCCUACGGGAUGUCAGCACAGUCGAUACGCGGACAAAGAUUCUGGGCCAUGACGUCUCGUUACCGGUGUACAUUUCAGCCGUCGGUAUUGCAAAGUUUGCACAUCCUCAAGGGGAAUGCACUCUGGCAGCGGCAGCUGGACGAGAAGGGCUUGCACAACUAGUUGCCACUCGGUCGAGUAUGUCGAUUGAUUCGAUUAUGAAAGCUCGAACGGGCGGGGACCAGCAGCCCAUUUUCUUUCAGUUAUACAUGCACAAAGAUGCAAAGAUCUCCGAAGCGACUAUUCUCAAGGCUGUCAAGGCUGGAGUCAAAGGAAUCUGGCUCACGGUGGAUUCGCCGGUAACGGGCAAGAGAGAAAGGGACGAGCGCCUGAAAGCCCAGGUUGACGUGGGCGAGCAAAACGACAAAAUUGGCGGUAAAGGCCAGCCUGUGCAGGGCAUAGCCAAAACCUUGGCCAGCACAGUUGCUCCCUACCUGGACUGGAACACGAUCGCCUACCUCCGCAAACUGAGCAGCCUACCACUUGUCAUCAAGGGUAUUCAAUCCGUCGAGGAUGCCGUAUUGGCCUACAAACACAAGGUCGAUGGCAUCGUGAUUACGAAUCACGGCGGCCGCUCCCAAGACACCGCACAGCCGCCUCUUCUGACACUGUUGGAGAUUAACAAAUACGCUCCUUACAUUAUAAAAGAGAAGAACAUGCAGGUUUUCAUUGAUGGCGGUAUCCGGCGAGGCACAGAUGUCGUCAAGGCCCUUGCCCUAGGUGCUACAGCCGUUGGCAUGGGUCGACCAUUCUUGUACAGCAUGAGCUCCGGAUACGGCGAGGCAGGAACACGGCGUAUGGUUGAGAUUCUGCGUGAGGAAAUUGAGCAGAAUAUGGCCUUGGUUGGUGUGACCAAGAUAUCAGAGCUGAACAGGGAGCUGCUCAAUACAUCGCGACUGGAGAGGGAUCUUACAAGUUUUGUUGCGAAGCUGUAA